AUGUGGAAAGCAGCACUCUUGACCCUUGGCUUGUUGGUCGUACUGGUAGAGCGGGUGCAGUGCAGUGACGGCCAUCCCUCUUUCUACGGGGUGAAACUGUGUGGAAGAGAGUUCAUACGAGCCGUCAUCUUUACCUGCGGAGGUUCUCGCUGGAGGAGAAGUAUAGGAGACUCAGCUCUUAUUGGAGAAGAGGCCUUUGACCCAUGGGACACAAAGCCCAUCCCUCAACUUACCGGCGAGCAGGAUCCUGCAGACGCCCCAGCAUGGAGGGAUCAGACACUGAAUGGGCCAUCGUUGGCGGCUGGAUUCAGCCGCUCAGCUCGCUCACCAAUCUUGGAAGAUGUGUUGGAGGCUCUGCGGAGUGCAGACAGGAAAGGACGGGAUGUAGUGGUCGGGCUCUCCAAUGCCUGCUGCAAGUGGGGCUGUAGCAAAAGUGAAAUCAGCUCCCUGUGCUGA